AUGUGUCUGAGACUACUUUCUACUCUCAUCUAACAGAAAGUGGAUUGGUUCGUUCAAAAUCGCAAUGUGGGAUCUAUUGUGCACACUUACAAAAAAUAAAAGGAGCAUUUUGUAAUGCAUUUAGCUAUGAUGAAACCUCCAAGGUGUGUGAUCUUGCCUAUCUCACUUUCCUGGAAGACCCAGAUGUUGGUCAGGUAGAAAAACAGAUCAUGGUUGAUUUUGAAGCUCCAACAUACAUUGACAAGAUUUGCCGAGGUGGAGAGCAUUGUUGCAAUAGAGGAAAGCUGAAUCUAUGCGGGAUUGGAGAAGGAGAUUGUAAUACUGACAAUGACUGUGGAGGAGUUCUCAUGUGUGGAAAGAACAAUUGCAUGAAAUGGAGACCUCCUGGUGGAAGAUGGGAUGAAGAAGAUGACUGUUGUGAAAAGCGCUGUACUCCAGAACACCCAUGCAAGGAAGGAGGGGGUCAUUGUGAUGUAGAUGCAGACUGUCAGAAUGGAGAGAAAGGAAUUUUGAAGUGUGGAGAUAAUUCUUGCUUGAACACAGACUAUUUCCCGCGUCACAUUUUUGUAAGAAACUCUGAAACUUUUGGGUUUACUAUAGCAGACAACUGCUGCUACAAACCAUGCAACAAACGGUAUCACCUGUGUGGUCAAGAUGAGGUUGGAUGCGAGGAUGAUGAAGAUUGUUUACCUGGUUAUUAUUGUGUUAAAUCUGCUGCGCAACCAUAUUGUUCAGAAUUAAAUGAAUGUUUACCAAACAAUAGACAUUUUGAAGGACUGGCAUAUUGUGGACAGAACACAAUCUGCACAAAUACCAUUGGAAGCUUCACUUGUACUUGUAAAACAGGGUUUUAUGAUUUUGUGGAUCACAGCGGAUGCAUUGAUAUAGAUGAAUGUGCAAACGGAACAGCAGGAUGUGGUCCAAAUACAAACUGUUGGAACUUUCCAGGGCAUGCUGUAUGCACUUGUAAGGUUGGGUUUACUGGUUCACCUACUUCUUAUUGCUAUGAUAUUGAUGAAUGUAUAAAUGCUGACAUGAAUGAUUGUGAUAAUUUCCAAGGAUACAAUAUUGACACAUUUGGACGAAAUGGUAUCAAGUACUUUGAUGUGGAAGAGGUAGACACUGCAGAUGAACUUCAUCACACAUAUAAAUUUGAAGUGGCAGCUCCAGGGUCAGCAAGGUUUUAUGUUGGAUUUGAUAAAUCAGUUCCACAUUAUUAUGUUUUACUCAACCCUAACAAAGUUCAAAUAUAUUACUGCCCAGGUGCAUGUAAUUUUUUAUCCAGUGCAUCUCAAAAUUUAGAAAUGUCCUCAAAUAAAUUCAAUCUUUACUUCUUGGAUGUAUAUUAUAAUAGUGCAGAAAAACAGACCACCAUAUCUCUUCUGGAUAGAAAUAGAAAUAGUCUAAUUGAAGCCAUCAAUCCAGAUGCAAUGCCAAUAAUAAUCAAUGACAUUGGCGCUGCAAAUACGGGUUUGGAUGAAACUGCCUAUUGGAGAAAUAUGAAGGAAGAUAAAAUAGAACAACUCUGUGUUAACACAGUAGGAAGUUACUUUUGUCAAGAUCUCCCUGAUGAAAAGAUUGCAAUUGGGUUUGGAGGAUAUACAACCAGUGCCAGAAACUACCCAAGUCAGCUCUCAGUCUUUACAUCACAGAAAUAUACUUGUUCUCAUCAUUCCAUUGAUAUCAUUAAAGGAAGAUAUAGUCCAGGAAUAGCAGAAAUAGAUGGAUGGCUUUACAUUUGUGGUGGAAGUUAUGAUGGAGCUCCUACUCCAUUGAUUGACUGUAAAAAGUUUGAUUUAUAUUCAAAUGAUGGAUCAUGGAUAGAAGCUCCAAACUUACCCCAGAGGCGAAGACAUUUUCAAAUGCUGUCUUUUAAAAGUUCUAUUUUUGUAAUUGGAGGACAAGAUUUUUGGAAAGGUGGUAGUGCAAGUAUAAAUACUUUACAUAGAUUGAACCAGAAAUUAAAUGUUUGGAUUAAAAAAGCAAAUUUACCAUAUUCAAAUCAUCGUUUCUGUGCUGUUGCUGAUGAAGAAGAUGACAAGAUCUGGAUGAUUGGAGGUAGUGAAAUAGGGGUUGGAGACAAAAUGGGAGUUUACUACUUUACAGUUUCCACCAAUGUUUGGACAUUUCAUAGUGAUCUCUUUAGAAGGCAAACUGUGAUAGACUCUGCUUGCGGAAUUGUUUAUCGAAGAACAAAAGAAAAAAUGCUUCUGGUUGUAAGAGGUGGAUUAGCAGAUGCAGUAAUAUAUUUUGACCUAACAAACAACUUGGGAUGGAAUUUGGCAGCAACCUUGUUCGAUAAUUUAAAUCAAAGAUUUAUGAGAAUGAUAACUCUCACCCCAUAUAAUGCUUUUAUUGUGGGAGGAAAUUCUGGUAGAUAUGGAAACAGUCUUAAGAACAUAUUUGAGUUCAAUCAAGAUACAACAAAUUUUGAAGACAAUUAUUAUUAUCUCCAGAAUGAAAUGCAUAACUCAGACUGGACAACUGUUAAAAAAUCAAAUAAUUACAAAGCUUUGCAGAACUGCAUCUCUAUUAGAGAGUAUGCUGCAGUAUGUUGGGGGGGCCUGAAUGGUACAGAAUAUUCUAAAUAUUGGUCUAUUCUUCAGCGAAAUAGAAAAAGAUCUGGUGAACCUCACUUGCCAGGAACUUGCUUUCAAAUCCCAAGUCUCACUGGAAGAACUGGACACAGAGUGACAGCUGUUAAUUAUGAUCUAAUUGUUUGUGGUGGAAAAAUUACUGGAACUGAAACUAGUAGCUGUUUUAUUCUUAAUACAAAUGAAGACAACCCUGGAUGGUAUAGCAUGGCCAGUAUGCCCAUAAUUCGAAGAAAUUUUGGAUUUGUUACAUUUGGUGAUGCUGCAUUUGCGAUUGGUGGUAUUAGUACAACCUCAAGCUGGAUUUCACAAGUAGAUAGGUGGACCAAAUCUAAGGGAUGGGAAACCAUGGCCUCUUACCCAAUUGCUGUCACAAGAUUGUGUGCUGUAGCAGAUCAUGGAUAUGACCAGAUAUUUGGCAUUGGGGGAAAAUUUGGUAAAAUGAGUUCUCACGUUACAAAUCAAGUGUAUGCUUACUCAGUGUCUAAAAAUCAAUGGAGCUCAAUGCCAAAACUUCUUGACUCAAGAUUUAAUAUAGGUUGCAAUAUCAUCAGACGAAGAACAACUGGAAACAGAAUGAUAACAGUAAUUGGAGGGGGAUCCAAUACAAUUCAAUAUUUAGAUUUGACAGCUUUUGAAACAAAUAGUUUAGUGACAUGGGUGAGAGGACCAACUGCUGCAUAUGACUCAAUGGAUACAAGAAUUGUUUCUCUAACCCCAUAUGAAAGUGUUGAGAUGGCGGGAACCACUAGCAUUAAUGGAGCGUCUACACUGAACAUCUUCUUAUGGAAUCCUAUAACAGAACGUCAUGAAGUUAUGACACCAUAUACUCCCACCAUGUAUCACACACAUGAAUAUGGGGACUGCACUGCACUUCCUGCUGAUGCCAAGAUUCUCAGAAGGUGUAAUCUAGGAUAUGUAAAAACCUAGAAAAAGAAAAAAAUAAUUAUUUAUGAAACUCCAAUGCAAGACAAUAUUUUUGUUAGCAAUGAUUUUUUUAUUCUUGCUUGUUUGAGGUUGUUCAAAUAAAGCAAGAAAAUAAAUUUUC